AUGUAUCGACAGGAAUUUAAUUUGCGAGCUGUGAGCAUUGUAUAUGAGUCCAUAUCGCCAUUUGAAUCGAUCAAGUUUCCAACUGUAAGCGUUUGCGAAAUUACAUUUACGCAUGAAUUAAAUGAAGAUCUGGAGCAGCUUGUGAAAAGCUUGGGCACUGGCGUUUUGGAUGCCUACAACUUUGAGCUUGAGCAAAUGCUAACUAAAAUGAUGUAUCCCUAUCAAUAUACCGAUGGCAAACUCACUUCAACUUGCGAUGCUUUUGACAAAUGCGAUAAGUGUGCCAAGUGCUUGCCCGACGGUUAUCGUCAGCUUGUUGAGCAAUACACAUCCAAUUGCACGGAAAUAUUUAUGCAAUGCAAGCUGUCGGAUCGUGAAUUUGAUUGCUGCCAACACUUCUUGCCACUCUAUACGCCCUUUGGCAAAUGCUUUUUGCUCAACUCGCUGCAAAAUAAUCAGCCCAACUCGCCGCACUGGCUGCCAGCUUUACUCGAUCCGAGCUAUCAACGUGCUGUGAUGCAUUUGUCUACAAAUCGCUCGGUGCAUGUUGGUCUGCAAAAUGAGGAGGACUUGCCGCACAAAUGGCUGCCAGGCGUUGGCGCUUUGGUGCCUAAUGGCCAAGCGCUUUACCUGCGUUUUAAUAGCGAGCUCAUGGCCAAUGAUGCGGAUAUGAAAGAAGUGUCAGUUGAAUCGCGUGCUUGCUAUAUGCCCGAAGAGCUGCAGUCGCAAAGCGUUUACAAUGCUUACAGCUUUAGCAGCUGCAUGAGCGACUGCACGCGCGCCUAUCAAUUGGAGCUAUGCAAUUGCACGCCCUACUUUAUGAAUCCCAUUGACGAAACAAAGACGUUGGACUGUGAUCUGGCAGGUUUGUUUUGCCUCGAGAGCUACGGCAUGCUGCAUCCCACAAUGCUCAAGGUGCAACGUUUUGAAUCUUUGGCGACGCCUUGCGAGUGCCUGCCCUCCUGCUCGGAGGGCGACAUUAUCAGCGUUUAUCAGGAAGUCAAGUCCCAAGGCGUUGAGUCCUUUACCAACUUAACGCUUGUUAUGCCCAAUUGGCCAGCUGGCCAGUAUCGUCGCCAGGUGCUGCGCACUACAAUGGAUCUGGUUGUCUCCAUGGGCGGCAUUCUGGGUCUCUUUCUGGGCGCCAGCAUUCUAAGUCUCAUAGAGUUUAUCUACUAUUUUAGCAUUCGUGCGUUCAACAGCUAUCUGACUCGUAAGAGAAAUGAGAAAAAAGCUAAAGAGUAG